AUGGCAAAUUUCUCUGAGUUCCAACCGUUGAACGAGAACACACUCAUCGAAUACAUAAAAUCCAUCCCCGCACUUUCAUCCAAACUCGCCAACAAUUUCUCCGAUAUAACCGUUAAAGAAGUCGGCGAUGGCAACCUCAAUUUCGUCUUCAUUAUUUCCAACUCCUCUGGUUCUCUCGUCGUCAAACAGGCUCUGCCGUAUGUUCGUUGCAUUGGAGAAUCAUGGCCAAUGACGAAAGAGAGAGCUUAUUUUGAGUCGUUGGCGUUGAAAGAGGAGGGGAAACUGUGUCCGGAACAUGUACCGGAAGUUUAUCAUUUUGAUCGGGUUAUGUCUUUGAUUGGGAUGCGUUAUUUGGAGCCACCACAUAUAAUUCUCAGAAAAGGGUUGAUUGCUGGGGUUGAGUACCCUUUCUUGGCUCAACAUAUUUCUGAUUUCAUGGCAAAUACGCUCUUCUUUACUUCUCUGCUUUUCCGUUCUACUACUGAGCAUAAACGGGACGUUGCCGAAUUUUGCGGGAAUGUGGAGUUAUGCAGGCUCACUGAGCAGGUUGUUUUUUCUGACCCAUAUAAAGUUUCUGAAUAUAAUCGCUGGACUUCUCCUGAUCUUGAUCGGGAUGCCGAGGCUGUUCGGGAAGACAAUCUACUGAAGCUUGAAGUUGCUGAGCUGAAAUCAAAGUUCUGUGAGAGGGCUCAGGCACUAAUACAUGGAGAUCUACACACUGGUUCAGUAAUGGUUACUCCUGAAUCAACUCAAGUUAUUGAUCCGGAAUUUGCGUUUUAUGGACCAAUGGGUUUUGACAUUGGAGCAUACCUAGGAAACUUAAUACUGGCUUACUUUUCUCAAGACGGACAUGCUGAUCAAGCAAACGACCGAAAAGGAUAUAAGGAAUGGAUUCUUAAGUCAAUUGAAGACACUUGGAAUCUUUUCCACGAUAAAUUCACUGGACUUUGGGAAAAGCAUAGAAAUGCUGCUGGCGAGGCUUAUCUUCCAGCAAUCUACAACAAUCCCGAGGUUCAGCUGCUUGUACAGAAGAAAUACAUGACUGAUUUGUUUCAUGAUAGUCUUGGAUUUGGUGCUGCCAAAAUGAUAAGGAGAAUUGUUGGCGUGGCACACAUUGAGGAUCUUGAAUCUAUUGCUGAUGCUGGUAAACGAGCAACCUGUGAACGGCGGGCACUUAAUUUAGCUAAGAUGAUUCUCAAAGAAAGAAGAAAAUUCAAGAGCAUUUCUGAAAUUGUCUCCGCAAUUCAGCAAUUUUAG